UCGACGGGUGAAGGAAAGCUGUUUUUCGGUCAGAUGGCGUGCAGACGUCCGCCCACGGUUUUCUCCUACAUAUCCACAGCCAGUCAUUGACAGUGCGAGUUGCAGAUAAGAUAGAACUAUCAGUAAAAACAACUAGUCAGUAACAAUAGACGGGGAAAUAACACAAAUCAUUGUUGUUGUUAUUAUUUAAAUACAUCCAAACUGUAAGGACAUCACAAACCAAGAUGCAAAGAAAAAAUAACUAUCAACCAAAAUCUGAAACGUAAUUGACGCAUAAAGAAAGACAAAGGCGUGGAAAUUAAUUACACAGACUGGAAAAAGACCAGAGGCCGACGCGAAGGGGAUUGUGUGAAACAAACGUAAACAAUCUUCUAAUAGAAGAAAUAAUAAAACAAUUGCAGGAAUCGGUCGGAACAUUUGGCACGGUUUGAAGAGGGAUAUCUGAGACAGUUACAAUCAAGCAACCUGGAACUCCCAACUCUUCGAACCUGCGCAAACUGGACUUCUAAAACUCCAGUAUUUUUUAAGGUAGAGGGACCAUGUCAAUACCAAGAACCUUGGGCGAGCUUCAACUCCAUUGCGUCCUCCAGCGAGCUAACCUGCUCUCCUACUAUGACACCUUCCUACAGCAAGGGGGUGACGACGUGCAGCAGCUGUGCGAGGCUGGUGAGGAGGAGUUCCUUGAGAUCAUGGCUCUGGUUGGCAUGGCUACCAGGCCUUUGCACGUCAGGAGGCUCCAGAGGGCACUGAGGGAGUGGGCCACAAACCCGACCCUUUUCAGCCAACCUCUCCCCAGUGUGUCCGUCAACAGCACAUCUGUUGUCAAGAGCUGUGACACUGUAAUGGGGAGGAGAUCUCUUAGAAACCUUGGAGACAACCAGGAAAGGCUUAAUAAUAUUACCAAAAGCCCUGAGAAGCUCCUGCCUUUCCAACAGUGGAGUGGGAGGUUCUCCUCGGAUCCUGACAGCAAUAAUGAAGAAGAGCAGCCGUCGCCCCACUUCAGCCCGGAUGGGAGUCUCGAACUGGAUUCCGUCAGGGCCGUAGCAGACAUCGUAGAGCGGCUGAUGAAGACUGUGCCGCGCGCCGACCCUGGAGAGAUCCAGAGCCUACUAAAGCUCAAUAAGAAGCUGGCCAGGUCGAUGGGGCACAUCUUCAGCAUGAACCCCCAGGACCCUGCCAAGGAGGAGGAGAUCCGAAAAUACAGCCUCAUCUACGGCCGCUUUGACCCCAAGAGGAGGGAGGGGAGGCAGCUAAGCCUCCAGGAGCUGACAGUCAAUGAAGCCUCAGCCCAGUUCUGUAUCCGUGACAAUGCCCUUCUGCUACGGAGAGUGGAGCUGUUCUCAUUGGCGAGGCAGGUAGCCAGAGAGUGCGCCUACAACUUCAUGCUGAAGCGCACUAGAUUGAAUCCUGGUGAUGCCAAUGGGCCACAAUUUAAGAAAAUAAAACAAGAGGUCAUGGUGUUCGAGUCUGUGUCCUCCUCUCAUGACAUUAGUGACAGCAGCAAGCACACAAGUCCUGAGACUGCUCCUCUGGGGAACAGACAGGGGUCGGAAGACGACAUCUGCAGUUUCCCUGUGGAGAGCUUCAAUGGGAACCCACAGGGGUCUCGCUCCAGCCUGGCCUCUUCCCCCUGCCCCCAUAGCGACCCGCCCUUGGACCUUCGCACCCAGGGCUCCAGGAGUCGAAACCCCCCACAGCAGACCUUCAUGGACGAGGGACGAGGAUUGGCCAUGACUGGAUCACGUGACCAUCUUGGCAGGGACAGCCCUUGUACAACAGAGAAUAGCCAGACAACAGGCAAAUUCAACACAACAUUUUGGUGAUGAAGAAAUUCUCUCUAUUUUAGAACAUAAUGAAGAUGAAAAUGAUCACAUACAGACACUAAGGGAAUACACCAGAAAAUUACUCAAAGCAGUGGCAUCGGUGAAGGCUGUUGUAUCAACAUUUCAGCAAGAUAUCCCUGCAAUGAUCCGGAGGGCUGUGUUUGAAGCAAUGAAAGUAAAAUACCCUGCUUGCCACAAUGAGCCAACAAAAUACGCACAGCUGGGACAGAAACAAAACGAGAGGGUCCAGGACUCUGGUCCCCGUGUCCCUGCACCGUACAGCUGCAUAAUGAACACAAGUGAAGAGCACAAGGGCAUUCAAGCAUUCAUCAGCCCACAGAGGCUGCUGGAAUCGGAGCGAUGUGCUGAUUUCAAGAAAAUGACAUGCAACCUCAUGAAGGCUGUUUUUACAAGAGAGGAGAUCUUGACUAGAAGUGUAACUGGAAGACGAGGGAAAGGAAUGGACGAAGCCAGAGAGGCGCUGGAUGCUGAGAAAGUUCAAGCAGUCGUGGACCGAGUAAUCAGCAGAUUCCCUCACGUUGACAGAAACAUGGUCAUUGCCAAGAUGGGACAAAAGCUUAAAGAUGAGAGGAUUGCAAACGGACGCUCGUCAUCCAAGGACUGAUACAAUGAGCUCCUCUUCUGUAAUGUAAAACACUCACUCAGUCUUACAAUCUGUGGAAAACUGAAGAAACAAAGGGGUGAUUUCAGUAAGAAAACAAAAAUGCAGCACGAUUUUUUUGUUUCAGUUUUUAAAGGCUUUUUUAAAAAUGUCUUUAGAAAUAUCUGUCUGUUUAUCGUCCCUUGCCUGUGGGCGUCUUAAUCAUGUCUGUAUGUCACAUGUUUGUACAUGUGCAUUGGGUUUAGUUUUACUCAAAGAAAU